GACGUCUUGUCAGCUCACUUUUUACGAUGGAUUUCCUCAAACGCACUGUCGAUGGAAUAGCUUUAAUAGAGAUCCCCCCAUCCGCGACCUGAGCCCUUCUAACAAAUCCCUCCCACAUUCCUCAUCAUGGCACAGAAACAGACACAGCAAGAGCAAGGACAAGGGCAAGGACAAAAGCAAGAACAACAACACUGGCUAGACAAAUACGCAAACAACGCCCACACCUGGCAGCCCUCCACAGACCCCACAACCGGAAUCACCUCCUUCGAGCGCCCCCUCGGCCUGGUAGAAUCCGCCUUCGACAUCGAUGGCACGCACUACGGCGGCCGCGCAGACAUGACCGGCAUCCUCACCCUGCACAUCGCGCACAGCCUGAGCCCGCAAGCCCUCCGCCACCGAAUAGCACUAGCAUGGACGAACCUAACGCUGCACCACGUGCUGCUGCGGAGCCGCAUGAAGCCCAGCAGCACCACUGGCGCGCUCUCGCCGCGAAAGUUCGUCGUCGAUGUACCCGCCAGCCCCUCGGAAGCCGUCACACGCACAUCCGCGCAAAUCGUCUGGUUAUCCGACUUCUACCCCGUAGUGGAUGAGCAGGAUCUGCACCACCACGCGCUAAAUGUAACGCGCAUCAUCGACCCCGCGACAUGUUUGGCGAAACUACUCGUCCUGCCCCUCGUCCGCCUACCAGAUGGAACGCACAGUCUACGUCUCCUAACCGUCUUCGCGCACCAGAUCUCCGACGGUUUGUCCGCAUACACUUGGUUCAGCGACCUGCUCCGCAUCCUCAACACGCCUGCACGCGGUAUAGAGGAGGACAUCGCCGCGUGCGUGCGCCCGGAGCGUGUAUAUGCCAGUCUGCCCCCGGCGCAGGAGGACUUGUAUCCGAAGAUUUCUGGCUCCAGGGCAAGGCAAAGGUGGUUCUGGGCGCUGGUACGGGUGCUGCGCCAUGUGCACAAGCCGCUGCCGCCGACGUUUGCGAACCCGUUGUUCCGUGCUACACGGCUGGAUGCGCCGCCGCAGCUGCCGCAGACGUAUAGUAAGGUGUUCGACUACAGCGCUGCGACGCGCCCGCCCAUGGCAGCGGCGCAUAUCACGGCCGCGCUCUCGCCCGCUGCGUCGGCACGACUCAUGGCGCUGUGUCGCGGCGCGCGCGUGUCCGUGGGCGCUGGGUGUUUCGCCCUCGCAGGCCUGAGUAUGAUGUCGUUCCAGUCCCCUCCUCCCGACGCUCCCCCACCCUCAUUCGCAGCCUCCUUCCCCCUCAACCCACGCGCUUUUUUCGCCAACCCCCCCGCCCCAAACUCCUGCAUGCUCGCCUUCAGCGACGGAAUCCUGAUGCCGCACCUCCCCGCCUCCCUCCCGUUGGAAACACGUUUCCGCAUCGUAGCCCGCCGCGCAAACAAAGAGCUCCGCGUCUUCCAGAAGCGGCGCAAUGCUGACGAUAAUGCUGAGAGAGGUGCCCUGCACAUCCACUCCCCCACACGCCUCCUAGCCACCGGCUACGUCGCGCAAAUCGAGCGCGUAGCCGCCAAGCUAUCCCCGGCGGAACAAGCCCUACGUAUGCCCAACCCCAAUCCACAGGGUGCGCUGCCUGCAGCCACAGGCGCGUAUGGCGCUACCUGCGGGGUGUCGAGCGUGGGGUCGACGGCGGGGUUUUUCGCGGCGGGCGCGUAUGAGUUAUUGGAUCUGGGGGAGAGGGACUUUGCGGCGGAUUAUCGCGGGCUGAAGAUGGGGGUUAGGGCGCGGGAGCGCGAGUUUCUGGUCGGCAGCUCGACGGAUGCGGAUGGGAUUGUGGGGUUUGGGGUCAGUUAUGAUGCGUGUGCGAUUAGUCGCGAGACGGCGGAGGAGUGGGCGGGGCGGAUUGGGGGGCUGUUGGAGGGGCGGGGUGGGGUGAAACUUUAG